CCAACAUUUUCAGCCGCCAAUUCUCGCUUGGCGUCGGCGACAGCCUGGCGUCUUCUCUUCGCAGGAGACUUUCCGCAGGCCUGUAUAAGGGGCUCCGUGCGCGCGCAGAGAAGAUGCAGGUCCAGGGCUGACCAGAAGAUGCCUGAGCCACCCGCGGCAGCUUCGCUCGCCCCCGAGCACCCCCUGCAGGCCACCCCGCCCCAACCCCGAGCGUCUGCGGGAAGAGGUGGCCCGAAAGGCGGGCUGUCCAGUGCCGCCAGGGGUUGGGCUGGCGGCAGGCUGGGCGGGACUCGGGCUACCGAUAUAAGAGAGGAGCGCCACUGCUUCGGCCACCGUGCUGAAGCCUGGACCGGGAGCAGCGGGCACUGAGCUUGCGGCUCAUGACCCACAGAGACUGAAGAAGAGGGAAAGGAGCGCUUCUUCCCGCCAGUCCCAGCCCCAGCCUCGGAGGAUGCGGCUCCUCGUGAAGCUCCGCGCCUCGGCCGCGGGCAGCGCUGCCCCGGAGCCUGCCUUCUCCAAUGUGCUCACCCCGGCCCGCAUCCCCGCGUUCUGCAUCCCGCCGCGGCUGCCCGCGCCCUGCGCGCCGGAGUCCCCGCCCCCGGCCGCCGCUCUGCCCCGGCGGUGCGCGGCCGAGCCGGACCUGUGGCCCCGCGGGGCCAACGACAGCGCCGGGCGCACCGACUGGGACCCGCGCUCUCAGGCGGCGCUCUCGCUGCAGCACCUGCCCCGCGCGCGCACCGCCUACGGCUUCUGCGCGCUGCUCGAGAGCCCGCACACCCGCCGCAGGGAGUCGCUCUUCCUCGGGGACGCCCGCGGCGCCGCGCUCCUGGAGCCGUCCGCCGCCCGGCCCGCGCUCCGACCCCGAGCCCACACCUAUGGCGGCGGCGGCGGCGCGAGGGGAGACGCCCCGCGUGCGCCCCCUGCCGGGGUUCCCUCCGCUCCCGGCGGGGCCCGUCAGCCCCGGGACUCGCGCGUCCCGCCGCCCCGCGGCCGCCGGCUCCUGCGCGCCCCUGACGGGCUGCUGCGGCGCGCGCUGCGGGCCCGCGGGAGCCGCGGCCUGGCCCCCGUCCGCUCAGUCUCCCGCGGGGACGAGGACCAGGAGCGCGGCGCCGGAUCGAGGACCCCGGCCCGCGGCCCCUCCGCGUCUCCGCCGCCGCCCCCCGGCCCGCAGCCCGAGCGCCUGGAGGCCGAGGGCACCGUGGCUCUGGGGCGCGCCGGCGGCGCCCUGCGCCUGGCCGCCGAGUACAGUCGAGCCAACGGGCGCCUCCGCAUCCGGCUGCUCCGCGCCGAGGGACAGGCGGGGGGAACCGCCGAGCCCCGCGCCGUCGGCUGCCGCCUGAGCUUCGUCCUGCAGCCGCCGGGCAAGACGCGCCAGCAGCGCGGCGCCGUGGUCCGGCGGAGCCGCGUGGCCGCCUUCGACCAGGACUUAUGCCUGGACGGGCUGUCGGAGGACGAGGUGCGCCGCCUGGCCGUGCGCGUCAAGGCGGAGAACCAGGGCCGCGGCCUGGAGCGGGGCCGCCUGCGGGGCCAGGGCGAGCUGCUGCUGGGCCCGCUGCUGCCGCUCUGAGGGCCCAGGCCCUGCCCUUGGGACGCCUUCCGCCCCCUGGGGAGCUCUGGGACACGGCUGCUGCUUUGUACAAAAUAAAUGUUAUUUAUUCAGUUU